AUGCCGCCGGAAAUUCGCGCCAUCGGAAUCGAAGGGUUGCCUGAAGUGCGUGCCGGGGACGACCUGGCGACGCAGAUCAUGGAUGCCUGCGCUGCUCAAGGAACACCGAUUGAAGAUGGCGACGUGUUGGUGGUGACCCAGAAAAUCGUCAGCAAAGCUGAGGGGAGGGUGAUGACCAUCGACGAUGUUGAGGCGUCUCCAUUGGCGGUGGCUAUCACCGAAGGGCACCGGCGUGACCCGCGCCACACUGAGAUGAUUUUGCGGGAAAGUCGCCGAAUCGUUCGUAUGGACAGGGGCGUGAUCAUCAGCGAGACCUAUCACGGUUAUAUUUGCGCCAACGCUGGAAUCGAUGCUUCCAACAUUCCCGGGGCUAACGCGAUUUGUCUGCUACCGGUGGAUCCUGAUGCUUCGGCUAGACAGAUCAGGGAUGCGAUACGGGUGCGGCUUGGAGUCGAUGUGGCCGUGUUGGUGUCUGACACAUUUGGCCGUCCCUGGCGGAACGGAGCCGUCAACGUGUCGAUUGGCGUGGCCGGCUUCAAUCCGGUGGUUAGCUACGUGGGUGAGUUUGAUCCUCACGGCAACGAAUUGCACACUACGACCAUUGCGGUGGCUGACGAGCUCGCGGCCACUGCGGAACUGGUUACCGGCAAAUUGCUCGGCGUACCCGUGGCAAUCAUCAAAGGUUAUCCCAUCGAAAGGAUGGACGAUGCUGAUAGUAGAGCGAUAGUGAGGGAUUCGGACAAGGACCUUUUCCGCUAG